ACCCGGCCACCAUCACCAGGAUACUCCUCAGUCAUUUCAACUGGGAUAAAGAAAAACUGAUGGAGAGGUACUUUGACGGCAACCUGGAGAAGCUGUUUGCAGAAUGUCAUGUCAUUAAUCCUAGUAAAAAGUCUCGAACACGUCAGAUGAACACCAGAUCAUCUGCACAGGAUAUGCCAUGUCAGAUCUGCUAUCUCAACUAUCCGAAUUCGUAUUUCACUGGCUUGGAGUGUGGACACAAGUUUUGCAUGCAGUGCUGGAGUGAAUAUUUAACUACCAAAAUAAUGGAGGAGGGCAUGGGACAGACAAUCUCCUGCCCGGCUCACGGCUGUGAUAUCUUGGUUGAUGACAAUACAGUUAUGCGCCUGAUCACAGAUUCAAAAGUUAAAUUAAAGUACCAGCAUUUAAUAACUAAUAGUUUUGUAGAGUGCAAUCGACUGUUAAAAUGGUGUCCUGCUCCAGAUUGCCACCAUGUUGUUAAAGUACAGUAUCCUGAUGCCAAGCCUGUUCGCUGUAAAUGUGGCCGUCAGUUUUGUUUUAACUGUGGCGAGAACUGGCAUGAUCCUGUUAAAUGCAAGUGGUUGAAAAAAUGGAUUAAGAAAUGUGAUGAUGACAGUGAAACUUCGAAUUGGAUUGCAGCAAACACAAAGGAGUGUCCCAAAUGCCAUGUGACCAUAGAAAAAGAUGGCGGCUGCAACCACAUGGUCUGUCGGAACCAGAAUUGUAAAGCAGAGUUUUGCUGGGUGUGUCUCGGCCCAUGGGAGCCGCAUGGAUCUGCCUGGUACAACUGCAACCGCUACAACGAGGAUGAUGCCAAGGCAGCAAGGGAUGCCCAGGAGCGCUCGAGAGCCGCCUUGCAGCGAUACCUCUUCUACUGCAACCGUUACAUGAACCACAUGCAGAGCCUGCGCUUCGAGCACAAACUCUACGCCCAGGUCAAGCAGAAGAUGGAGGAGAUGCAGCAGCACAACAUGUCCUGGAUCGAGGUCCAGUUCCUGAAAAAAGCGGUCGACGUCCUCUGCCAGUGCCGUGCCACGCUCAUGUACACCUAUGUCUUUGCCUUCUACCUCAAAAAGAAUAAUCAGUCCAUUAUCUUUGAGAAUAAUCAAGCAGAUUUGGAGAAUGCUACCGAGGUCCUUUCUGGGUACCUGGAACGAGAUAUAUCUCAAGAUUCACUGCAGGAUAUAAAGCAGAAAGUGCAAGAUAAAUACAGAUACUGCGAGAGUCGACGGAGGGUGUUAUUGCAACAUGUGCAUGAAGGCUAUGAAAAGGACCUGUGGGAAUAUAUUGAGGACUGAAAAGUGGCCUGGAUAAAACGAACUCUUAAAAAAUCUCUUCCCAUCUAGAGUGCUCAUACCAUUAAAACAAAACCCACCCACGCAGACACAGGAAAAAAAAAAAACAAGGGGCCACCCUGCCUAUUAACACCGCUGGUCUAUAGUACCGGAAUUCUGUUUGUUUGUUUUUUUUUUCUCUUUUUGUUAAUGGAAAAAAAAAAUUAAGUAAAUUAUAUUGUAAUAAAAAAAAGGUAGAUAAACCAUUGUACAACAGUAUUCUAGGUGGCCAGUAAGUGUGAUAGGCGCACUAAAAAAAACAAAAAACAGCCCGCCCGACUUUUAACUCGUAAGGUAACUCCCUUCUCCAAGCUGACUUUUUCUCUCUCCUCCUCUGCAUAUGACCGAUGAAAUUUAAAACAGUUUCUUGACACUGCUGUACAUGUCCGGCCAGCCAUUUUGAUGUACUUUGGUAUGAGAUAUU